GGGGGGGGGAGGUAAACAAAAUGGCGGUGGCUUGUUAGUUGCGGCUGCAGGAAGGCAAGGAGAGGGCGACGUUGGUUUGACGUUGGGGAAGGAAGGGGACCAAGUAGCCCACCCACCGCUGCCCCCGGGUGAGGAGGCGACUACGUUUCCCCCGUAGGCUCGGUGGAGGGAAGCAUACCGAGAAGAGCGGCUCCCUUUCCCAGGUCUUGCCUGCCUCGUCUUGUCCGUCUCUCAGAUGAGUGAGACGUCGCGGCCUUCUCUUUCUUGAAGUGGGGGGAGAAGCCUUUAAGGGAAGGCCCCCACAUUGGGGAGAAGCCCGUCCCUGUCGUGGCGUUCAGGCGAGUGAGUGACAGGGAGGUCGCGGGGUUUAUUUGGGAAAGGUGGGCGGUGUGCUAAGGGGAGAGGUGGAAGCCUAAGAGGGAAAAGAAGGGUGUUUUUUUUUUUUUAGUGGUCUGUGAGUUGAGCCCCCUUAAUUUGAGGGAAAAAGAGAUCCUUCUUAGCAGGGAAAUAUUUUCACUAUUCUGUGUGUGCAGAAUAGAGGAAAUCUACAACUAUCCCCCUUUUUUUUCUUUUUUUUGUGGGAUAUGCCUAUUAAUGACCUUUCUUGAAUGAGCCAAAUCUUUCCCUGGAAAUAGAAAAGUAUAACGAAAAAAACCUGACGGUUUCUUUCUGAAUGAGAUGGAUAGCAAUGAGCAGUCAUGGAAAAAAAAAAGCACCAAAUUGUUAUUUUUACAUGCUCCGUUUUAAGAAUUCCUUCAGUGGACCUCUCUUUCGCAGGCAGAUAAAAGUAUUAUAAGUCUUGAAUGCUAUUGCUAUUAUAAAUUUUCUCAAGGGUUUGGUUUUUUUUUUUGUAACAAAAUGGGCAUUCUUCUUUAGAGGAGGUCUUUUAGAGUUAAGUGUGCAUUUGGGAUAUAAGGAACUUUGCGUUGAUGAUUUCCACGGCAUCCAAUCAAUUGUAAAGAAAGUCAUUAAUUGAAUUGUUAUUUUUGUAGAGGGCAGUUAUAUUUCCUGCUAAGUUGGGUUAUAGCAAAAAGGGAUAUCUCGCUGCCUUAAACUUGGGGAAAGGUAAGCCCUGUUUAAGGGCAUUUUUAGUAUUAAUAUUGAUCUAAUUGGUGGGGGUAACAGGCCUAUUGAGGUCAUUUUUUAAAUAUUAAGUUUAAAAAGAGUGUGUGUGACAGAGGGAGCUUAUUAUGUCCAAUAACAAGAAAGGCUAGAACCAGGUUUUAAUAAAUAAAUUGAAGUGUGCUUACUGAAGUUGAAUUUCUGAAUUGAUGGUUUAAAAUAUAGAUUUUUGCCAAAUUAAAAAAAAAACGUAGUUCUUUCCCUUUUCCAGGGAACUUACUUAAUCUGAAGAAGUAUUAUUCAAGAUAUCUUAAUCACAUCCAGCCCCAUUUAUGGUGGGUUUGUAGUACUGGGAAAACUGGGUAAGGUUUGCAUUGCCUGCCUGCCUGCCUGCCUACCUUGAUAUCUGAAGCAGUGGGGUGACACAUCAUGUGUCAGGUAGACCCCAGGUGGUUGAAGGAUGCCCUUUACUAGAUACAGAAGGCCUCGAACCUUUGUCAAGGGUGAAAAAGCAGCAGUUAAAAUCAGUAUUGAAAAUUCCUUUAAAGAGACUUGGUUUCAGCUUCCCAACGGCUGAAAAGAUCCUUCACACAAGUUGUACCUGGGUGGCGAGAGCAGAAGUCGCGUCUCGAUUUUCCACAUCACAUCAUUUGGAAACAGGAACUGUCAUUUCUUGCUCAGCAAUGGCACACCCCUAAAAAAUAGCAGUUUUGAUGUUUUGAUUUCAAACGUGGAUAGUCUUUUGAAGAUGACUUAGGUCUCAAGGAAAAAAUAAUAAUUUGGACUUACUAAGGAAGACAAACUGAUUUCAAGUACUUGGAGUAGCAGGACAAGAUCAAAAAGUUAAAGCUAAGUGUAAAUUGAGCAAACAGCUGUAUUGAUUUCUUCCCCCCUACGCACACACUUUAAAAAGAGGCACUGUAAGUUGUUAUGUGGUGCUGGAUCUGUGUAGGAUCCCUCUAAGUUGAUGGAAAAGUUCUCAUAGAUUUUUAUUUUUCAUUUUAAGUUAAAACUGUACAGCCUUUUGGAAAAUUCUUAUUUGCCUCCACUGAAACUUUUUUCCCCCCAGUCAAAGAUUUGGGGCACAAAAGAGUAUUUAUAACACAGUUUUGGUUAGGGGAAAAAACCCAAGAUGGAUCUGGAGGAGCCUCAGCAGUUGGGCCUGUUUGUGGAAGGUGAAUUGAUGUCAGUGGGCAUGGACACGUUCAUCCACCGAAUUGAUUCUACACAAGUGAUCUACCAGCCUCGGCGGAAAAGGGCCAAACUCAUAGGCAAAUAUCUGAUGGGGGACCUGCUUGGGGAAGGGUCUUACGGCAAGGUCAAAGAGAUGCUGGAUUCUGAAACUCUCUGUAGAAGAGCUGUCAAAAUCCUUAAGAAGAAGAAGCUGCGACGGAUCCCCAAUGGAGAAGCUAAUGUUAAAAAGGAAAUACAACUCCUACGGCGGUUGCGGCACAAAAAUGUGAUCCAGCUAGUUGAUGUGUUGUACAAUGAAGAGAAGCAAAAAAUGUAUAUGGUGAUGGAGUAUUGUGUUUGUGGCAUGCAAGAGAUGUUGGACAGCGUUCCUGACAAAAAGUUUCCAGUCUUUCAAGCACAUGGGUACUUUUGCCAACUUAUAGAUGGUUUGGAAUAUCUGCACAGCCAGGGCAUCGUACACAAAGAUAUCAAGCCGGGAAAUCUCCUGCUAACAACCAACGGGACUCUAAAGAUAUCAGAUCUAGGUGUGGCAGAGGCCUUGCAUCCAUUUGCUGAGGACGACAUGUGCCGAACCAGCCAGGGAUCACCAGCUUUUCAACCUCCAGAAAUUGCCAACGGCCUUGAUACCUUUUCUGGCUUCAAAGUAGACAUUUGGUCAGCAGGUGUCACGCUGUACAAUAUUACGACAGGCCUUUAUCCUUUUGAGGGAGAUAAUAUUUAUAAAUUAUUUGAAAAUAUUGGAAAAGGAGAGUAUGUAAUUCCCGAGGAUUGUGGCCCUCCGCUCUCAGAUUUGCUUAGAGGGAUGCUUGAAUACGACCCAGCCAAGAGGUUUUCAAUACAACAGAUAAGGCACCACAACUGGUUUCGGAAAAAGCACCCUCAGUGUGAGCCACCCAUCGCCAUCCCGCCCAGCCCGGAGACGAAGGAUCGGUGGAGGAGCAUGACGGUGGUGCCUUACUUGGAAGACCUCCAUGGCUACAACGAGGAGGAGGAGGAUGACUUAAAAGACGACUACCUGGAGGACGAGAUCAUUUACACUCAGGACUUCACCAUGCCAGGGCAGGUGCCUAACGAGACCAGGCAGAACGGGCAGAGCUGCACCAGGGGGCUGCCCAAACCGGUCUGCAUGAAUGGGACGGAGUCUGGUCAGCUGGUCAGCAAGACGAAAGCCGAGCGGCGGGCCAGCGCCUCUUCCAACCCUUCUCGCAAGGCCUCUUCCGCCAGCAGCAAGAUCCGCAAACUCUCGACCUGCAAGCAGCAGUGACCCCGGCUGGAUUGCGCCCGCCACGCAUCUUUCAGAAGCAAGAAGUCUUCAAAGAAAAAAACAGAAAGUCCAGUUAUCUCUUGGAAAAUAAAUAACACCUUUGG